AUGUAUUUCAACCAACGCGACUCAGCAUUUCACCGAAAUCUGGCUUAUGCUGAACACGUUAUUUUGAAGAUAUUGGGUUUGUCGUCCUGGAGCCUAAAUACUCCUCCAGUAAAAAAUCCGAAAAAUAGAAGAGUCUCUAAUAGUUACAAGUUUUCAUGCCUCGGAUUGUUCUACAACAUUUUGUUAAUAACGAUGGCAGUUCUAAUGCUUGCGUAUGUUUUGAAGACCAACUAUUUAACUGAAGAUUCAUCAGAAAUAAUCUUUUCCAUUGUAAUGUUACAAUUUUUGAUAUAUUUUAAUUUUAACUUGUUAAUUUUCUUUAUCGUAAUAUUAACAAUUGGACAAAAGAAGAUGAUAGUAAUUUUGAAUCAGUUAAAGUAUGUCGACGAAAGACUGCAAAAGUGCGCGUUUUUCAAAGUUGACAACUCCAACACGAUUCAUCUAAUUUUCAUAACGAAUCUAGUGAUUUCCGUAACUUUUAUAAUAAUUUUUUGUUUUUAUCAUGAAAUAUAUAUGAUACCGAUUGUCUUCUCUCCGACUCUUAUUUAUAAUUGGAUAAUUUUUCAAUACUCGAUGCUGCUGGACACGAUCACCAAGCGCUUCAAAAGUAUCAAUUCGACUCUAGCUAAGCUAGGUGACAUCAAAAGCUAUGAAGAUUCACUCAACACAUUGUCCGUCACUAAAAUGUCACUUCUGCGUGGGUCUUUGCUUUACGACAUCGUUAACUUAAAACUUGCUUACAUAAAACUGUGCGAAAUUUCCCAAAAAGUUUCUGAUUUUUUUGGACUGAAAAUUUUGCAGGUCAUUAUUUACAUGGGCCAAACAAGUACAAUUAUUAUUUAUUCUACUAUUUUGCAAUACUUGAAAACAUAUCAUAUUGAUUUCUUAAUGAUGAUCGAUUUAUCUAUUGUGGUUUGGAUGAAUAUUGCCAUCUUUGUACUGACCAAUUACGUUACUAAGACCAUUAACGAGAGCACCGAAACACCGGUUAUGGUUAAUUAUCUAAUAGAUCGCUGCACAAUGGAUGAAAAAGUUGAAAAAGAGUUGGACUAUUUUUUAUACGAAGUCUCGUCUCAAAAAGUCGAAUUUACAGCCUUCGGAAUUAUUCCAUUGGACCGGUCACUUUUAGCGACUAUGAUUGGUACAUGUGCAACUUAUCUAAUUAUUUGCAUCCAAUUCCGAUCAAAGUGA